CGAAAACCGAGAACCAAACAUUCGCGAGAGAAUCGAAAUCCAAGAAUCGCAGCAAAAUAAUUUCGAUCAAGAGACAAUAACCCAUCAAUCCCUUUUUUUUCCCCUCGAAAAAAUCCAAGCGAAAGUCGUUUCUUUUCGUGUCACUGUUCCGGGGAGAGAAAGAAGGGGGGAUGGAUUGGGACAACGUAGCUGGUGAGGAUGUGAUCGAGGCGUUGAGGGAGGUCGAGUGGUCGACACCUCCUCGUCCUUUGGGCGAAUUCUUCUCCAGAUUCGCUUUCCCUCGCUCCUUCUCCAAAUUGACCAGUCGCCUCAAAUGCAAUCUAUACUACUAUAGGACCAAUUACUUCAUCUUGGUGAUUUUCGUUCUGGGUCUUGCGUUAAUUACCAGACCAGUGGCUAUCAUUGGUGCUGCUCUUACAGCAUUGGGCAUAGCUUUCCUUAACGACAGCUUUGCAGCUAGUUUUAAUGAGAAGGUGAUACGGACUGUAAGGCGUUUCUCCCCGCACUUAGCUGCAAAGAUGAGACCUCCCCACAUGCCUGUCAUUAGGGGACGGUCUUCAGCAAGAAAGACGAUUUACAUCUGUGGCCAACCACGCUUUGUUUCCGUCUUUAUUUGCUUAGCCGUCAGCCUUGUCUUGUGGUUUUCUUCUUGUGGAUUGUUGUGGGUCCUCUAUGCUCUUCUCGCUGGUAUUCUCGCUAUCGUUCUUCACGCAAGCCUCAGAACUCCAAACCUGAAGGCACGUCUGAAUACAUUCCGUGAAGAAUUCCGUGCUGUCUGGCGCAACUACAGUGAACUCUGAGACAUAGGGGAGCUAAGCCGUUACUGUUUUCGAGCAAAGGGCAUGUUGCAGUUACUGCAAAUGAUUGUAGUGAACCAAUGUUGUUUUGGUUAGCCGGCGAAUCUUAGGCCACUGGUCCUGAAAUGCACAUUCCUCUGUUUUGUCCGAACAGAUAUGGUUGCCCAUGGGACGACUGGUUGUAAUGUAUUACUUGGAGAAUCAUGUUCAACACUUUUUUACAGUUUCUUAGUGGCCAAGUUUUAAUUUAA